GUACUGUGAGAGUAAGGCUAAAGUCGCCGGAUAAUAUAAGACCAGCAAUAACAAGCUAGUUUGCCCUCGUUCUCCAACAAAAUGUCUGAUGUGGAGCCGCUGGUUCUGGCUCAUGUCAUACGAGAUGUGUUGGAUUCAUUUGCACCAAGUAUCGGGCUCAGAAUAACCUACAACAGCAGGUUACUUCUAUCAGGUGUUGAGCUGAAACCAUCCGCGGUUGUGAAUAAGCCAAGAGUUGAUGUUGGGGGCACCGACCUCAGGGUGUUCUACACAUUGGUAUUAGUGGAUCCAGAUGCCCCAAGCCCAAGCAAUCCAUCACUGAGGGAGUAUCUGCACUGGAUGGUGAUAGACAUUCCUGGAACAACUGGAGCCAGCUUUGGUCAGGAGCUCAUGUUUUACGAGAGGCCAGAGCCGAGGUCCGGCAUACACCGCAUGGUGUUCGUGCUGUUCCGGCAGCUCGGCAGGGGGACGGUGUUUGCACCAGACAUGCGGCACAACUUCAACUGCAAGAGCUUCGCCCGUCAGUACCACCUGGACGUCGUGGCUGCCACGUAUUUCAACUGCCAAAGGGAGGCAGGAUCCGGGGGCAGAAGGUUCAGGCCGGAGAGCUCGUAAGGAAUGAAGCAUGCACAGAAGAAGACUGCAGCGCUUUCGCAUGCAUAUGAUCUAUCGUCGUCCUGCGGAAUAUAUAUAUAGUAACCGUUGUUAUAUGGAAUAAUGUGCAUGAAAUUGGUAUCAGAUGCACCGACCCGUACGUACGUAAUUAAUGUUUGUUAUUACACGCAGACAUAUAAUAUACAUACUCAUUCACA